AUGGCAACUCUUGAAGGAAUGACGACAUACUGCUAUCAAGAUUUGCAAGACCCUUCCCUGCACUUUCGACUAAUUGAGCUGCACCCUGGAAAUUUUGGCGAUGACAUCAAAUUUAGCAUAUAUCACGAGCCCCUCGUCCCAUCACAGAAGCCUCAAAGAUCCUCCGUAGAUUUGAGUUCUUUGAGGAAGACGCUGCCUCCGGACUGGUGGGUUUACCAAGAGACAAGCAAUCAAAUAUACUUCUACUACGAGAAUGAUGAAGGCGGAUGGGCAUCUCAGUGGACACACCCAGACCCCGCCUUUGACUUAUCGCCUUAUCAAAUACUGCAGCAAAGAAACUCGACCAAGUUCGAAGCGUUGUCUUAUACUUGGGGGACCAGCACCGAGACUCGGACUGCUUUAGUUGUUCCCAGAUUCUCAGAUCCUGCAUCAGAACCAGUCGAGACAAUGUCGAUCGGCGUCAAUCUUGAGUGUGCUCUCAGGUAUCUACGGCUUCCCGACCGUGUUCGCACUCUUUGGGUUGAUGCUGUAUGCAUCAAUCAAGACAACAUAUCAGAAAGAGAUGAGCAAGUUAAGCGGAUGGCGACCAUUUACAAGGAAGCCGCCCGGGUAGUAGUUUGGCUUGGACCCGAAUCAGAAUCUUCAACCCUCGCGAUAAAGACCCUCGCGUUCCUAGGCCAGCAAAUUGUUAUGACGAUGGACAAAUGGACUUUCACGGCCCCGGGAGCAACCGAAAUUGACUGGUGUUAUAACAGAACACCACUACCGUACGAUAAGAAGACGUGGCGAGCAAUAAACUCUCUCCUACAGCGAUCAUGGUUCAGUAGAGUCUGGAUUGUGCAGGAGAUCCAACUGGCCAAAGAUGCAGUUCUCCGCUGUGGACACGACGAGAUAGCCUGGGUCGAAUUCCGCCGUGCCAUUUUAGCUCUUUGGGGUAAAUCGUCCCUAGAUCCCGCCAUUUCCAGACGUCGCCUAGGUUUUAUCGAGAAAUUAGUCAACCCCGUUACCAGCACGAGUACCAUCUACCACAUUCUACAUCGAACAGACGAUAGGGGAUGCUCAAAUAAACGGGACAGGGUCUAUGGUGUGAUGGGUCUCUUCUCCGAAACAUUUAAGGCUAGAAUCCAGCCCCAAUACUUCUUGGGAGUUGAUAAGGUUUAUCGCGAUUUCGUUCGCUCUCAUAUCCAGCAUGUUGAAAGGCUAGAGCUCUUGAGGGACUGCCAACUCGAGGGUCGGACCGUCGAUGCCCCAUCAUGGGUGCCUGACUUCUCUAUCAGCAAGUCAACGGUGAAAAGUGCAGAUUGGCAAUUUGCUUCCGGAUACUCCGCAUGUGAGGUUUCUUUUGCCGAUGAAAGAAGAAUGGUGAUCGCUGGGGUAUAUUGCGGUGAAGUUGGCAUAUCCCGAGAGAUCCCAAACCAUCGUUCCCAACUGAGUCCAGGUAUCACAAUACAGGAUUCAGUCAAGGCUAUAAGGGAAAUAACAGAAUGGAUCAAGCUGAGGGAUUCAACACACAGUAUGUCAUGGCAUGUUUUCGCUCGAACAAUCACCGGCAACUACUUGAAAGACAGAUUCCCUGAAAACACAGUUGAGCUCUUGCAACAGUGGGAAUCAUACCUUGAUGCCUCUCCAAUAUUCAAUUCGUUUUCAGAUCUCUGCGACAUCAAGGAGGAAACUUUCUCCUUCCACGAAGAAUUUUCUCUUGCAUUGCUACUGGGUCGAGCAAUCAUCAUAACCACCAAGGAUGAGUUGAUACUCGGACCGCCUGGUACCAAAAAGGGUGACCAGAUUGUCUGCUUUCUCGGUUGCGAUUCCCCUAUUGUCCUGAGGUCUGUCCCAGGGAGUGAAGACUUUUACGUAGUCGGAGAAUGCUUUGCUCUGACUUUGAAGGACAACCAAGCUUUUCUUGGACCGUUGCCAUCCCCUUGGGUCGUACAGUUCUUCUCAAACUCCCCCGACCGGACAGGCUUAUAUCGGUAUUACAAUACAGAAACAUCGGAGUUGACAGACGAUGAUCCUCGGCUUGAGCGGCUUUCUAAGAGUGGGCUUGAGCUCCUAGAAUCGGAGCGCAAGUUAGACGACCCGGUUACAUCCAGAACAUUCCUAGAGAUGUCCACGGGCACGAUUUUCAAAUCGGACCCUAGGAUAACUACGCAGACUCUUUCUACGCGUGGGGUAAACAUCAGGUGGUUUUCGCUAGUAUAA